CACCAUCCUUCCUUCAUUGUCAAACAACGGGAAAAAAGGAGCCUUUGGGGUUUAACCCUCCUCAAGGCUCACAGCUAUAAGAGCCGCCUUGUAAAAUACUUUAAUCCCCAGAGUCAUCCAUCUUGAAACUUAUCCCACCCUAAUCGAGCUUCAUUUCGAAAUUUCCGAACUCUUAUUGUCUCUGAGAGAUCUUUCAGCCGAAACAUUUGUUGUUUUCCUUUCCUCUUCACAGCGACAGCUCUGCUCUGCUUCGAAUACCCACCUUGUCGCAAAACGCCUAUUCUAAACUUCUUUACUCGAUUCACGAUACCCAACUUACGAUAAAUACGAUUACGAGUCGCCUAAUAAUACAUAACGAUCUCCGAGAUACCUUUGGAUCCUGCUAUGGCUGACCACGGCCGAUCUGAAGGGUCAGGAGCAUGGAGAGUCCAAGAUGUCGAAGACAUUGACAUAAGCGUCGCCCAGCCAUUCCCCCCAAGCCCUCAUGUCAGCUCAAUAUACAGAAGCAACGCCGAGAUCUGGCCUCAAAGACCCCGACUCGAGGAUUUCAGCUGUUCCGAGAAGAGAAAGCGCAGCGGCCAAAUGAGAUUUCCAGAGAUCAAUGUUCCCCAAGAGCAUGUUCUAAUUCGUUCAAACGGCAUCAUGGAGUUUAGCAGACUUGUCAGCAUCCAGAUUGAAAAGUUAACCGCCAAAGAGAAGAGAAUAUCCUUUCCCAUCGAGCGGAUGAGAGAUAGUGUGGCGAAGACGGCCAAUUUCACUCGUCUCAUUCGACCUAGCGGCAAGAAGCCUAUCCUAAAGGCUAUCGAAAUCAGUGAUCACACUGAUUCAUCAGAACCUGCGGCAAACAUCCAGUUUGCGGAAUGCCUAAUUGAUCAAGACGAGAUCUUUGUUGAGGAAGGAAAGAUCAGAAUCAUGGCAACUACCGCCACAAAGAUGUUGGCAAGCUCUGUCUUCUGGAUCGACCAGAAGCACGAGAUCUUAAAAUCGUAUCACUGGCUAAGCGCUACUCCAGACGACAUUCCACCGCAGGCAGAAGACCGUCCACCGCGGGCAGGAGCGAAACUUUACAAUGUGAUGCAGCUCAUUAUACAGCAUCUGGUUCAGGGACGCUGGAUAUGGAUAACGCAUCGCAGGGUCACCCCGGUGACUCGCCACAAAUGGACUGGCACUGGAAAAGGAUACACUCCUGUACAAACCGCUCAUUAUUCCAUAGCUAUUGACCUCUAUCGAACUCAGGUCCUGUAUAACUGCAGGAAAACGUUCUUUUCCAUGCAGACAGUGGAUCAUAGAAUGCCACUCUGGAGAUUUUGCAAGGGAGAGGACCUUAAUCCAGCCACUUUUGCCAAAUGUUCUCUGAUGCUAUACGGCCUAGCAUACAUGUUGAUAGCACCCGACGGUACGAAGUUGAUCAAGAUAUUCGAGGAGAGACUUGUUACGGAGAUACGAUUAUACCAGGAUGUAUACUCCAUCGACCGCUCGCAACUGCAGAAAACGGUCUCUGGCGAAUCUAAGCAAUUUACUUGGAGAGGCCGCCUCGCCUUGUUCCGACAGCCUCGCAAUCAAAACAAGGCCAAGGCUGAUAACAAUUUCAAUCGAAUGCUAGGCCAAAGGUUGAAGCUUCCCGAUCCACACAAAUACAGCUACAGAAAAUACGAUGAAAAGUAUGUCUGUGAUGUCGAAGAGACCGUCAGAGAAAAAGUCGUAGCCAGAAGGGUCCAACUCCUAUCGUUAUGCCGCGCCUGGGCCAAAGAAAAAGCACGACACAAUCCAGAAUCUCACUCCUGUCCCUGGAACAUCAGUUUUGAGAAUAACUACACCGACCGUCACGGAAAGCUUCCAGACAAAUUCUGCUACAGAUGCUGGUUCUUGGAAAAAAGAAAUGAAUGGAGACAACUUUGUGCUGUAGUCCCACCUCGACAAACUUUUUGGGAUCCCUACCACCAGUCUAAAGACAGACCAAAAGGAUGGUGCUGCUGCAAUGAGGAUGCAUGCUCAAAAGACUGCGCGCGAAAACACAGAACCUGUUUCGUGUCCCAUUGCGAAUCACAUAUCGUACAGGGACCUGACCUCCAAGAGAAGCUCGAGGGAGAGAUGAGGCUUAAGCACGCAUAUAAAGACAGUGUCCGUGAGAAUUGGCCUCUGCCUACUUGGCAGGAUAGCAGCUUGCCACCAGAACCUCCAGCAAAAAUCGAGGUUGAGAGCAGUAGUAGCUCUUCAAACCUUGAACCACUGGCAGGCCCUUUACCAGGCUUUCUAAAGCAGCACCUUCUCGAUAUCAGAAUGCGGGUCAGGACCAAGAAGAAGUCAUGUGACCAGGUCGUUCAAUUGCCUUCGGUUGAUAUGCCGGCUUAAAAGCCAGAGUGUAUGGCGGAAAAAAUAUAAAUUGUUGGAUACUGGGUUGGACUUCUUAGAUCUUGUAUCCUAUAGGUUUUUCUCCUUUGGUCUAAAUUGCUGUCUGUACCAAAAUCCGCUCCUUAGGACUUGUCUUUACAAUUUUGACGGCUUUAAUAGCUGUCUUUCUUUCUGUAGGAUAUUAUCCAGCUUGUAAUAGCAGCAGCGAUA